GAGGAAAGGAAACAGGUUGCACGUACCCAAACAGCCAAAGUGCGUCGGCGCGGUUCAAGUUUUGGGUCGUCACACUGGAAGCGGCUUAAGCUCUGGAGUCGCUUCGCCGAGGUCGAAUCACCGCCCGCAGAAGGGUAAUACUGGCUGCACUCGAGUCAAUCUGCUCUGAUUCAGUGCUGCAUGCAAUAUAAUAGCAGCCCCCGCGUUGAUAGAUGUCGGAACAUGCGUAGGAAAGGAAGGCUUCUUUCUGUAGUUGCGGCUGCGGGCAUCAAUACAAGCUCUUCAAGCACUGAUGAGAAUGGCCUUCGCACUUCUCCAAGCACCAGACUCGAUCGAGUGGCCGCGUGACGUACUUAGCGGGCGCGGUUGGUAAAUAGUACACUUGCACUUGGAAUGGGGAAUCUGUUCGAGAUCGCGGAUUGUCGGCUUCCUCUUGGAUUUAUGUCCUCAAUCGGGGAGCAGCAUGGAACAAUCUCUUGUGGCUUCUGGAACUCGCACUCAUCUCCUGAUGAUACACCGGCCUUCUCUUGCAACAACAGUUCAUAGAGUCCCGUCCGCAGCACAGCCAUGUCUCAAGUCCAUCCGUGCAGUCACAGUCGCAGCUUGGCCGUCGAUCGUGUCUGGCCGAGAAUCGAGCGACGGUCGAUCGGAAAGCGGAGGGUUGGCCAAUCUGAGCGUAGGGAAUGGCUUCGAGGGGCGCCGGGAUGGUUGGAUGAGCUGCGUUCCGGGGAUGGUUGGCGCUUCCAUUUCUCCGCGAGGGCUGCCGCCUUGGUGCUAGUAUUGGUGCUGAUCGGAGCCUGCCGCCGCCUGCGGUGGAUGAAAAGAACCCGGGGACAAGCUCAAGCUUGGGGCUCCGUAGGCGGCGUGACGGGGUUCGCUUACAGGUGGAAGAAGUGGAGAGACAUGAGAGAACUAGAAGCAACCAACUCUACUCUUCAAGUUUCCGAGAAUCGCCCAUUGGCAGGACGGAACGCAGCGGGUUGCCACCACUUUGAACCUGGGCCUUGUAACUACACGGUAAACAAUAUUAAGAAAGUACGGUUGCUGAUGUUGUCACAUUCAGUUCGCCUUUGCGAUGUGAGUCAUUGUGGGCAGCCUGCAUUGGCGAAAGGCGAAAGCCGCACGUUAGGACUGUCCAUUACUGGCAGAAGCAAAAAAUGGGACCACGAAUGCCGAUGAAUAUUCGAAAUGCUAUUGUACAUGUAGGCUCCAGGGUCCUUUUUACAGACUCGAUUCUGGCCCGCUCUGUCCUUUCUCCUCCAAUUUUGAAGUCCUCCAAUCAAUGGCCCAGGUCAAGAAUAAAAUGUGCGAGGCUGUGAUCAUCCCACCCCGUAUCCCAGAUGGUCGGUCCAUUUAGUGAGGUGUGAGUCGACAUGCUCGCGAGAAGAGAAAAAAGAUCCUGUCAAACAAUCUCCUCUCGCAUAGAGGAUCAGUCCUUUGAAUGAGAAAAGAACGAGAAAAUAAAAAACGUUGCGCCGUUCCCCAGCCUGCGGGGGGAAUGCAAACCCUUGAACACUGCUGGUAUCGUGCGGGCGCUCUGCCACAAGCAUCAUGCAAUUUUUCCAACGCCGUCAAAGGUGACAAUUCCCUGCCUCCUGUUGAUUUCUCCAAGAAAACCUAAGGAGUCGUCAAGUCGUCAAAAAAGGACUUUCAAGCGUUAAAGAGUCACAGUGGGCAAGCCCUUCGGUUUGAGCACGUUCGCAGCAUAUUGGCCGCCAAAGUUCCCUGAGGCACGGGUCAGCAAAAAUCAGACUAUGAAUCAGAGGGAAGGGAAAGCUUACCAGCGGGGCUGUAGUUACAAACGGUAAAGUAUGGGCUGACACCACUCCCAACGUUGGCCAGGCCAUUGGGACAGUAUUGGGUUGCGCAUCCCACGGAGGUGGUGGAUUUCCAGACAAUCUGCGAGUAAUGACCCCACUUCUCAAAGUUGCUCAUGUCUGGUUCAACACCAUAGGCGGGGUAGUAGUUGAUCUCUCCAUUGUACAUCUCGUUGGUGAUCAUGGCAGGGAUGUCGGACGGAGGAGCACCGGCGCCAAUAUUCUGGCCAUAGCCGCCACCACCAGUGGAGGUGUCGUGGGCAUAGACACAGCUGGCUGCGAUCUGAGCAGCAAUGGAAGCCAUGUUAUCGCUCCAGACCAGGUUGGCGACGGAGGCGUUUUGGCGAUGGAUAUUGUGAGAGUCCAGAAUUCCUUGCUGAUAAUCCGAGGAGACCGAGGUAGAGACCGAAAGAGCCGAUGAAGUCGACGAGCUGGGGGUAGAAAUGGAACUGGCAGUGGCACUUGCGCGGGCACUGGGAGUAGAUACAACAGCUGAUGCGGAGGAUGAGGAGGAUGGAGUGGCAUAGGUAGGGAUCACGACAGACGUAGUCGUUGGUUGAAUGGUUGAAACAGCAGGCGUCUGGGUCUGAGUGAUUGUCGCAAUCGCUGUCUGACUGUCCCAUGUUGUUGCAACCGCAGUACCACUGCCAUCACUGCCAGAGUUCCACCAUCGCCAUGCACCCCACCAACCAGAGCCGGAACCAGAACCAGAACCAGAACCUGAGCCCCAGCCCGAUCGAGACGGCGGCUUGAACAGAAGAUGCAGGUGUAUCGGAUCGGACAAGAGAACCUGCAUUGGAUUGAAAAAAGGCACCGGCUGUCUCCGCUGGCUCAGAACCAGUGACGGUGACAGUCAAGGUCACCCACUCGUAGGUGGUGACCAAUGCACGCUUGUCAAAAGGAGUGGCGGCCGCUAAGCCGGCGCAGGCCGCGGCAACGGCGCAGAUUGAUGCUUUCAUGAUGCUUGGAGAACUAUCGACUCAAUGGCUUGAUCUAUUGAUUUGGAGUGUCGAUAGACUGAUUUGUGUGAUAGAACUGAACUUGAUGAAGGCUGUGUCGAGGUCUAUUUGAUACCAGAAGGUGGCAGGAAUCACAGUGCACCGGGCAGCUGGUUACGUGGGAUUCGUGAGUCGGCUGGGUGAAGCUGUGUCCGGUUGUUGCCCCGAGUUUCUGAUCGUCACGCCAGGUGAGGCAGAAUUCUGGAAGCACAGUGUGGCGGGCUCUGGUCAAAGAGCUGGUCUGGUCUGUUGCUGUCGCGUUUGCACCAAGGGCACGGACUGAAGUUGAACUAGCGCGGUCACGGACCGUGCUUUUGGAGAAAAAGGUGGCUUGAUUGGGACUCGUCUGAGAGAGUGAAGACUGGCCGAGGAUAGAAGUGAAAUGGCACUUGGGCCUAAGGAAGGACUGAUGAGAGAGCGGACGACGAUGGUGAAGGAAGGGAAAACAAGAACGAGGUGCCAGGAGUGAAGUUAAUAUUCACUCCGACGAGCUGUAUACUCCUGGUACGGCGUUGAGGUUUCUUUGUCUGCCGGUGGUGUGGCUUCGAGGCCAGAUUCAGCGGCCGGGGGCGACGUCAAGCCCAGUGGAGCCCGGAACGGGUAGUUUAAGCCUGGCGGGAUCGUCCCCUGCACGCAAUCUUAGUUAAAGGAUGAACGUCCGGUACCUGGAGCUUAACUGGAUCGAGCAAUUCCAGGGCCAGUUUGGGGCAGCCUCAAACUCAACUCCGAGUCCUGCCAGGGCUGGGAUGCUUACUGUCGGCGCUGUGGGGGCCACUAACAAGAUCCAAGGAUUCGUCACCGACCGCGAUCGUGAGGGGCAAUCGGGCCAGACGAUCUGCACUGAAACACUCAGUGUAUCGACGCAACAAGGGUCCGCUGCCUCUGGGACAGGUGACAAAGGCAAAGGAGAGGCUGGAUGCUGGAAAAUGGCAGAAACUUGAAGAGAGCGGACUGGCGCACACUGAAGCGAAGACGGAUCGACUGAGCAAGCGGACACAAAGGCAGACAGACCAAGAGGAGAGCGGGCUACGACGUGCAAUUUAACGGGCUCUACGGAGGUUCAUGAGGUUUCUGUUUGGACUGACUCGUCGCCAUGCAGUGAGGAGGGACGGAAUCUCGUCUCAUUCUGGUCUGGCGGGUGGCUUUGCCAUGGUCCAGGCCGCUUGCGAGUGUCCGGUGCAGUCCUGCCAGGAAUGAUGUUGCCUUGAUAUACCACAUGAUGGCCUGGCUUACAAGAAUUUGUUGACAUGGCAGCUGAGCAAGACACAGUGUACAGGUCGGCCAGGCCAGGGAGACGCCGGUUGGAAUUCGACCUUUUGGCUGUGGACAGCGGCGGUGUUCCCUCCUGCGACGGCACAUCGUGGCACUGCGCAUUGACCCCUCGGCCACCAAAGUCGGAUAGGGACCGACCGACACAAGGCUGGUGAAACAACCCAAUACUGCAAUGGCAGGGUACCCAGGACAACUAGUAGCACACUCCUGUACUAACCAGUAUUGCAAGCUACCUCACGCACCUGGUAUGCCUUACCUUGUAGAUCAAUUUGAAGUGGAUGACGACGAUAUCUGAGCAGGCGCACUGGUUGCAAAGUGUUGAGCGGUGCAGGGCCAGCACCAGUAGCUGCUCGCUAAACGGUUCAGUUGCCGGAUCUCUCCUC